UUUUUACAGUAGCUUUAGAUAAAACUGGAAAGAAAUCAUUCGGCAUCAGCAUAAUAAGGGGUGAGAUCAAAGGCACCAAGACAAAUGGCAUUUUCAUUAAGGGCAUAGUACCGGAUACUCCGGCACAAUUAUGUGGCAAAUUAAAGGUUGGCGAUCGCAUAUUAUCGAUAAACGGUAACGAUGUACGAAAUGCCACCGAACCCGAAGUCAUUAUGCUUAUCAAAGAUGCCGGCACUGUCAUCAACUUGGAGGUACAAUCUGUGGACCAGGAUAAGGGUGGUGAUUCAAAUAAGCCGGUGGAAAAUGGAUUUGCUGCGAAUAAGAAUAAAUUCAAUCAAUCGAUAAAAUUGAAACAGGCUCCGGCUCCAAAACCGCCAAAUGUUAAUUCAAUGUUGAAAAAUACCAAUUAUUCGGCGACAAUAUCUAGCGGGCCAACUGGAGGUGGUGGAGGCGGCGGUGGUGAUGAUGAUGAGGAGGAUGAACGUGAUAUGACCGGUCGUAUUAGGACAGAGGCGGGUGUUGAGAUCGAUCGUGCAUCGGCCGGUAAUUGUAAACUAAAUAAUGCAGAAAAGGCUCGUGAUAAGGAAACGGAAGAUGAAUUUGGCUAUACAAUGGCUAAAAUCAACAAACGUUAUAACAUGUUAAAGGAUGUGCGACGUGUAGAAGUGAAUAGACCCGCAAAUACACCCCUGGGUAUGGCCUUGGCUGGUCAUGUAGAUCGUCAGAAAAUGGCUUGCUUCGUAGCCGGCGUAGAUCCCGAGGGUCUAGUCGCCCAGCUGGACAUUAAGCCAGGUGAUGAAAUUGUCGAAGUUAAUGGUGUUGUGCUGAAAAAUCGUUGCCAUUUAAAUGCUUCGGUUGUCUUCAAAAAUAUCGUCUCCGAGCGGAUUGUGCUGAUAACAUCGCGUCGCAAGCCCAGUGAUGAUGGUAUGAGUGUGAAGCCGGUCAAACAAUUUCCACCGAAAAUUGAUGAUACCAAAUUCUUGUUCGAACAAUUCCCCAAAGCCCGAACGGUGGCUGUCAAAAAGGAGGGCUUUAUCGGUAUUAUGAUUAUCUAUGGUAAACACGUAGAAGUGGGUAAUGGUAUUUUCAUAUCCGAUUUACGUGAGGGUUCCAAUGCUGAGGAGGCCGGCAUUAAAGUUGGUGACAUGCUAUUGGCCGUCAACAAGGAUGUAACUCUGGAAUCCACCUAUGAUGAGGCCGUUGCUCUGUUGAAACGCGCCGAAGGUGUUGUCAAUCUGUGUGUCUUGACCCUGAAACCCGAAGAGAAAAAAGACGAAAAGAAAGAGGAGGAGAAACCAAAGGAACCGGAAAAGAUUGACCCAGCCACAGCCCCAGUGAAACCGAACACCAAAAUGGUCAUUGAAUUGAAGGUGGAGAAGAAGCCAUUGGGUGUAAUUGUGGUCGGUGGCAAAAAUAAUCAUGUUAAGACUGGCUGUGUUAUAACACACAUCUAUCCGGACGGUGCCAUUGCGGCCGAUAAUCGUUUGCAGAUCUAUGAUCACAUUAUUGAGGUGCAGGGCAAACAAAUGGAUUGUACAUCGAUGACAACACUCAAGGUCCAUCAGGCAUUCCAUACAUGUUACGAAAAUCUGCUCACCCUACAAGUAUAUCGGGCCGAUCCACCAGAACUGGAAACCUUUAAGGUGGAAUUCAAUAGAAAGGCGGGAAAAGAUAUUGGACUGUCGCUGGCACCCAAUGAAAAAGGAUGCACAAUUUCGGAAAUCACCUCUGCGGGCUAUGCGGAUAUUGAUAAUAAACUACAACGCGGCGAUAUUAUCACCAAAUUCAACAAUGAAUCCCUAGAAGGUUGUACAUUUGAGGUAUGCUUUGCCUUGUUCAAGGGAGCAACUGGUAAAAUCUCAUUGGAGGUGACUCGACCAAAGCCCACAGUUCGCACAGAGGCCAAGAAGUAAGAAAGC